UCUGGCUCGUCCUCUCGGAAGUCUGGCACUCUUUGUGCUGCGUUACUGCACCAUCCAACCCUUCAGCAACUAUGUGAAGAGCCUUUGCAGGCGCGCUGGAAUGUAUCAGUUUUUAUGCUUUGCGGUUGGGAAUGUGUUUUGUAUGUAUUUUGGGAAUGUCUGGAUACAAGCAGAAACUUCUUAGUUUACUUAAGACGUGAUUCAGUAGGGUUCCGCUCAGCGUCCGAGAGGUGCCGGCACCUUCAGCACCCAUGGCCUUCAGCAUCCAGCCGGGUCAUUCCCUUCAGUCUGCAGUGGGAAAGGUUCAGGUCAUAAUGGCACUGGCAAAUUUCAUAGGCUUCAUCUCUCUAGUUAUACCCUAUCAUACUGUCAUCUCAAACUGGAUUACCCCUCAGUUAAAUUUGUUUAGAUUGUGUUGUAAAUUACUGAACAAACCUAAAGUGACCACCUGGGAGUUAAAUAAUUUACGUGCAUCUACACAUGUAUUUCUGCUGGUUUAGGUAUAUGCAUUUUUAAAAGCUGAAACGUGUCUGAUUCAUGCAUGGCCUUGAUGUACGCAGUUUGAUAUAGCGAAAUGCUUGAAUAAUCAUCUAAGUACUGCUGAGCUGCUGGUUCCUGUGCUAAGAGGAAUGGUUACAACACUCGAAGAGAAGGAUGAAAGCAGAACCAGCCAACUCAAACCCAUGAUAAUUAUUGAUUUGACACAAUUUUGUGCAUACUGACUGCUGGUUGAAUCAUGUUGCUACUGUUCUUUUUACUUUUUUGCUUUCUGAAUUUUUUCUGACUGUGUUUUUGAAGAUUCAGAUAGCACAGUGAGAGGCCCUGAUCGCAACAUCUUGAUUUUGUUGCAGCAAAUGUAAAAAUUAUGCCCACAUUUUCUGGCAAGGCAGAUGGUUCACUUUCCUUGCAUUAUCAGAUAAUAUUUCUACUCGCCUGGUUGCCCUCUCUUGUUAGCACAUUGGACCAGCUGUCAGUUGCCCCCACUGGGAUGAUCCCUUUGGCUUGCAGCCUGGUCCUUUGUGCACACCUGAGCUGCUCCAGAGAGAUCUGACUGAUGCUAAAAUAAUGGGGAAGGUAGAUAAGAAUUUAGCCAUCCUUGCUUCAGAGACACUUCAUCUGAGUUAAACUGUUAGUGUCAGUAUCCUAGUUGCUUAUUCUGGUAGUGUGGGAAUCACAUGAACUUCCUAAAUUCACAUAGACAGUCCUCAUAAAACUUUGGGACUUGGGAUCUUUGCCUCUCCUUGCUGUUAAAGUUCAUCAAGACUUUUAUCUUAUCACCUGAUUAUUAUUGCUAACACUUCUGGCUUUUAUUACGUCCAUCUCCUAUUCAGAGUGCUGGUACUGAUGAUAUUUCCUGGCACUCUGCUUUCUGUGUUAGCUCUCUAUAGGUGUCUCAGUUGUCUUUAUCUCUCAUUGUGUUGAGCUCGGGUUUCUCAUAUCAUAAGGCCUUUUGCAGUUCUUUCUAUUCCAGUUGAUUAUUUUGUUUCUCACUGAAUUUUACCAUCCACUCUGUCUGCUUCCCGUGUACUUGCAUUUGUUCCCUUCCUCGUAGGUACUUUGGGCUUUCUGAGUUAAAGCCACAAACUUAUCUGUGCAUGAAAUUCCUCAAAGCAGACUACGUUACUAGCAUUAUACGUGAGAUAACUGUGGUCCAAAGUACUAGAAGAAUAAAGAGAAGCUGGAUUGAUGAGAACUAUAAGAAAGCAUACAACAGUUUGGAAUGGAUUGAUUUAUGAUAUGUCUGAUACAUGAGAGCUACAUUUUGUGUCACUGUUGUCCAGCUGCUGCUGGAGUACUUCAGCUGACUUCAUUGCACCAAGCCCAACAGAUAGGUCCUCAUCACUAACAGAACAUAAACAAGUGUGAUGCUGAAAUGAGAUGAGGCUCCGAAAUGGAACUGUGGCCACCGUGUUAGUAUUCAUCACUACUUUCCUCAGUUUGUCCUGGUAUACUGCAUGGCAAAAUGGGAAAGAAAAGCUGAUUGCAUAUCAGCGGGAAUUUCACGCUUUGAAGGAGCGUCUGCGCAUUGCUGAGCACCGCACUCUGCAGCGCUCGUCCGAGCUCAACGCGAUCCUGGAGCAGUUCAGGCGGGCGGUGGCAGAGACAAACGGCAGUAAGAAUGCCAUGAAUAAUUUUUCAGAUGAGACGCUGAAAUUGUUAAAAGAGCUAACAAGUAGAAAAUCUCUUCAAGUGCCAAAUAUCUAUUACCAUUUGCCUCAUUUGUUGAAAAAUGAAGGAAGCCUUCAACCUUCUGUGCAGGUUGGCCUUGGAAGGACAGGAGUUUCCAUUGUAAUGGGAAUACCUACAGUGAAAAGAAAAGUCAAGUCUUACCUUACAGAAACUCUCCACUCCCUUAUUGAUAAGCUGUCCCCUGAAGAAAAACUGGAUUGUGUUAUGGUUGUCUUUAUAGGAGAGACUGAUCUUGAUUAUGUUAACAGUGUUGUUGCAAGCCUGGAAAGAGAGUUUUCUACAGAGAUCAAUUCUGGCUUGGUGGAAGUAAUAGCCCCUCCUGCAACUUAUUAUCCCGACUUGACAAACUUGAAAGAAACAUUUGGAGACUCAAAAGAGAGAGUGAGAUGGAGAACAAAACAAAACUUGGAUUAUUGUUUUCUUAUGAUGUAUGCCCAGAAAAAGGGGGUUUAUUACAUUCAGCUCGAAGAUGACAUUGUUGUCAAGCAGAAUUAUUUCAGCACAAUAAAAAAUUUUGCACUUCAGCUCGCUUCUGAAGAUUGGAUGAUUCUAGAAUUUUCUCAGCUGGGUUUCAUUGGUAAAAUGUUCCAGUCUCCAGAUAUCACUCUUAUUGUAGAGUUCAUAUUUAUGUUUUAUAAGGAGAAACCUAUUGAUUGGCUUCUGGACCAUAUUCUCUGGGUGAAAGUGUGUAACCCUGAGAAAGAUGCUAAACAUUGUGAUCGACAGAAAUCUAACCUACGGAUACGCUUCAGGCCUUCUCUUUUCCAGCAUGUUGGCCUCCACUCUUCUCUAGCAGGGAAGAUCCAGAAACUCACAGAUAAAGACUUCCUGAAACCAUUACUGCAUAAAAUCCACGUGAAUCCACCUGCAGAGGUUUCGACAUCUUUAAAAGUCUACCAGGGGCAUACGCUAGAAAAAACCUACGUAGGGGAAGAUUUUUUCUGGGCUGUCACACCAGUUGCUGGAGAUUAUAUUCUCUUUAAAUUUGACAAGCCAGUCAAUGUAGAAAGGUACUUGUUUCACAGUGGCAAUCCAGAGCAUCCAGGAGACAUACUUCUAAACACAACUGUAGAAGUUUUGCCUUUUCAGAAUGAAGAACUGGUAUUAAGCAAAGAAACCAAAGACAAACGCUUAGAGGAUGGUUACUUCAGGAUAGGGAAGUUUGAGAAUGGUGUAGCUGAAGGAACAGUUGACCCCAGCCUAAAUCCUAUUUCAUCAUUCCGGCUUUCAGUGAUACAAAAUUCAGCGGUGUGGGCAAUUCUGAACGAGAUUCAUAUUAAAAAGAUUACAAACUGAUCGUGGAAAUCUGCUUUAGAGG